AUGUCGACAAAAAAGGGUCCACCUAAGCAUCAGAACACCCAUGCAUGGAAGUCCGACAAAUGGAAGACCGACAACAAGACAAAAGUUCUUCAAAAUCUUAAGGUUAUAAACUGUUGUCCGAAAUGCACCUCUGUGAUCGAUUGGAAGAUUAAGUACGGAAAAUACAAACCCUUGUCACAGCCAGCUAAAUGCUUGGAUUGUCAGGGGAAGACGAUCAAGUACGCCUACCACACUAGAUGCAUUCCUUGUGUGAAGCUAAGUAAAAAGUGUGCUAAGUGUGGCGAGAAAACUGAAGAUUUUGUUAAUCUACCUCCGUUAACACCAGCAGAGAUCGCUAGAAAGGAUGCCGAGUUCCAGAAGGAUUUGAAGGCUCUGCCUGAGCGUAGGCGAAGAACCUUUCUCAGAUACUUAGAGAACUUGGAGAAAGGUAAUUGA